AUGCUGGCAAAUAGAUCAGGAACGUCGCUGCCGCAAAACGCGACUUUUUUCGCUGGCGGCAAAGUCAUAGAGCCCGUGUACCUGAACCGAACCUGGAACACUACAACGGUUAAUCAACUACUGGGGCUUCCGGGGAUGUUUUCGACUUACAAUGCCCCCCAACUGUUACGACUACGUGGUUUGGCUAUAACAUCGUCCUCCCUUUCAAUAUUGGCCGGGGUGGUUGGGAUUUAUUAUAUCGCAUGCAUCGACAAGCGACGUAAAGUGUUUCGACACCAUUUAAUCCUCUUCUUAAUAUCGUGCGACUUUAUCAAAGCAGUCGUUCUGCUCAUCUACCCAGUCGCAAUUUUGAUUGAAAAUAGAGUUUAUGGUUAUCCCGCAUUCUACAACACGCUCGGAUGGUUCACCGCGUACAGCAUCGAAGGUGCAGAUUUUGCCAUCGCAAUUUUUGCCAUCCAUUUCGCGAUAUUGAUAUUCGUUCCGUCUUUGAAAUGGCUGAACAGGUCUACUGGAAACAUGGAAGGUGGACUUUAUCGUGUACGGCACUAUUUAUAUCCUGCCACAUUUUUGCUUCCGAUGGUCCUAGCCACACUCGCAUUCGUUGGCUUCGACACAUUUAUGCCUGUGAAUCUCAAUGAUCGAGUCAUCUUGAACAACAACAAUUUUGACUUCGCCUAUCAAGCUCGACGAGGUGGUUACAAAGCCAUGAGUGCAUGGUGCUAUCUACCACCUUACCCAAUAUGGUACCGCGUUGUGCUAAGCUGGGGUCCUAGGUACUUUAUCAUUGUUCUGAUUUCCAGCAUCUACAUCAGCAUUUACAUUUUUGUUUCUAAGGAGAGUCGUAAAAUUAAGAACCAGAUCGGUUCUUUCAGACACAGCGAAAGUGUGGAUAUUCAUCGUGAGCGAGACAGCAAAGGAAAGCUUUUGACUUUACAACAAAGGUUUUUAAUAUACCUAAAAUUCUUCUUCAGAAAGACAGGGCUCUCCAAGAUAAUGCAAACUAUUACUAGCUUCUUCUUUCUUUCUCUGGAAGACUACCAUGAUGACUUGGUGGGGGAAAAACGCAAAUCACGUAAAUUCUCUAAGGAAGAAACAGAAAUAAAACCCACCGUCAAAGACACGUCGACUAAAAAACACGUAGCAUUACGAACGCCUAUCAAGGAUAAAAGCGGAUCUAAAGGACCAUUUCAUCGAUCUUCUACCAACUUUUCAAAGCGAUUUGGCAGGCGAGCAAGCUCCACCAGUAUUAGCCCUUGCGGACCAUCAUCAAUUCUUCUCUCAACAAAUGCAGCUCCUUUAGCUGGUUCUACAAGGGGAGGCGUUCUCAACAGCAGCAGUGAUAUUGAUCCAUUUUAUCAUCCACUGAACGGCGAAGAAAGUACGGAAGCCGGAAAAUAUUCGGUACAGGAUCUCAAACGCAUUAAUAACAGUCAAACCAAUAAUAAAACAGAAGUCGAAAGAUGUAACUCAAGUUUCUCACUGGCUUCGGACAAGUUUGCACCUAAUAUUUUCAAACCAAACAGAUCGAGAACACUGUCGCCCGUAAGAUCCGCCAACUCGCUUGAGGAGACUUUAAGAGGCCUCCCUACCAAUUCACAAAUCGAGAAAAACUUGAUAGACACAAAGAAUAGUCGUGAAAACUCUAGCGCUGUAGCGCUAGAUAAAGACCAUGUUCUAGGGCUGAAGCAGAACUUUCAAUCGGAAACAUAUCAAGACUUCAAGAAACGAAGAGCUCAAAUACAAAAACAACUGAGAUCUAUUUUCAUAUAUCCUUUCUCCUAUGUCAUCAUAUGGACAUUCCCCCUCAUAGUCGAUGCGAUUCAAUAUCACUACGAGAUAAUUCAUGGCCCGAUAAUUUGGCUUGAGUACAUUGCAACCUUUAUGCAGCCUCUCAGCUGCUUCGUCGACGUGCUAGUCUUUCUCUAUAGAGAGCGCCCCUGGAGGCAUUCGUGGGCUUCGAUUACCAAGAAAGACCUUUAUAAUAACUAUUCGUUGAAAGGUGAGAUUGGUGAACAUACUAUCAGAGGAAUGUGCAACAGCGAGUUGGGUGCAAGAGGCUGGUUCUACCGCGGUCGGUGGUCCAAACUCAAUUGUUGGAGGUAUAAACCUCAAAGAUGGAAAAGAAUCGCAUGGUUCUGUUAUCGGUUUGUCAAGGGGUUAAUUCGUAAUUACUACGAUUUUGAAGACAAUUGUAAUGAUGCGGCUUACUGGGAGGAGUACUACAUGGGGAAAAAGAGAGACACCCAGGCUACUGGAAGUUCCAAACUACGCUGUUCCGAAGCCUUUAAAGAAGUUUUAGAUGUGGAUAAUUCCAGAAAGGACUCUUACUUCUCAAGUUCAACCGGUGAUGUUAUUUAUGAAAAUCAAUGCUAUGUGAAGGUUCCCUUUAAGUGGAGAAUAGUUCAUUUUUUGCCUAUGCUUGAGGGCGUGGAUUUGGACGAGUUAGACUACCAACUCCGCAUAAAUCAAAGUGACAGAAACUUGGAUAUUCCUGGCAUGAGUCUGGCGCUGCAAAACAUCACUAAACCUAAUGUGCAGAUCAGUGGCGAAUCUUUUUUCAAGCCAGAUUAUAAUAUGACAAGAAGUACUUCGCUAUCUCGUCCAGAAAUCACGUCAGUACCACGAGCGUAUUUGGGUGCCAUGCGUCAUAGCUCCUCAGGAGUUUCUCAAGCUACAGGGUCUCCUCUCAAUAGCUUUUCAACGGAGGGAAAUAGUGUUCAAGGCAGGCCAUCUUCCUACACGGCUGGCGACGGCGGUCCACUCGCAGGUAAGAGUGAAUCGAAGAGCGACAGCGCGAGCGAGGAGCUCGAUAAGGAAGGAAACGUAGGUAAGAGAAUGGGCUUGAUGGACUUUUUACAUGGAUAA